AUGCCAGGGAGUUUGGAGCCAUUGGAUGUGGGCGUGCAGAUCCCGUACCAUUUUAGGUGCCCAAUCUCGCUUGAGCUGAUGUGUGAUCCGGUGACUGUUUGUACGGGCCAGACGUAUGAUCGGACUAGUAUUGAGUCGUGGGUGGCUACCGGAAAUACGACGUGCCCGGCGACCCGCUCGCCGUUGACGGAUUUUACUCUCACUCCGAAUCAUACUCUCCGGCGGCUUAUUCAGGCCUGGUGCGUUGCGAACCGUUCGUUUGGUGUUGAGAGAAUUCCUACGCCGAAACAGCCUGCGGAUCCGACAAUUGUGAGGAAUUUGUUGAAUCAGGCGUCGUCUGGUUCAGCGCCGCUCGGUUGGAGAUUGUCGACUUUGAGGAGACUCAGAGGACUCGCGCGUGACUCGGAUAAGAAUCGGUCUGUUAUUGCAGCGAAUAAUGCACGUGAGAUUCUUCUCGCUAUUGCAUUUUCCGAUUUGGUUUCGGAUUCGAAUUCUUCCGAGUUGAGUCAUGAGUCACUUGCAAUUUUGUCCCUGUUUUCGCUCUCGGAGUCGGAGUGUAUGUUUGUGGCAGCCGAUUCUGACCGAGUUGGAUACCUUGUGAAUCUACUUUUUCAUUCUUCGAUUGACGUCCGAGUCAACUCGGCCGCUUUGAUUGAAACUGUAGUCGCCGGGAUAAGGUCCCCGGAUCUCCGAGCACAAAUCAGUAACGCUCACAAAAUAUUCGAAGGUAUCGUCGAAAUUUUGAGCUUUCCAUUAGCAUAUCCAAGGGCAUUGAAAAUUGGAAUCAAGGCGUUGUUCGCCUUGUGCUUGGCGAAGCAGCACCGGCACAAAGCGGUGACGGCGGGAGCUGUGAAGGUGCUGAUUGACCGCUUGCCGGAAUUCGAAAAAUGCGAUUCCGAGAGAGCACUUGCUUCAGUUGAAUUGCUCUGUCGAAUUCCUUCUGGUUGCUCGGCGUUCGCGGCCGACUCGCUGACAGUAGUACCUAUUUUGGUGAAAAUCAUUCUAAAAAUCUCAGACCGUGCAACUGAGUAUGCCGCCGGAGCAUUGCUCUCACUCUGCUCCUCCUCCGAGCUGACUCAGCGUGAAGCCUUGGCCGCCGGCUUGUUGACUAAACUGCUGUUGCUUGUUCAGAGUGAUUGUACAGAUAGAGCAAAGCGUAAAGCGCAAAUGCUCCUCAAAUUGCUCCGGGGCUCCUGGCCAGAGGACACAACUGCAAAUUCGGAUGAUUUUGCAUGCAGCGACGUCGUUCCUUUUCGAUUUUGUCCUUGA